AUGUCUUCAGCCUUCAUCUGGACAACUUUCAUACUAGUUGCAGCUGUUCUUCUCCUCGAUUCAUUGUGGAGAAAGAAAAAGAACAAGAAAUUGCCUCCUAGUCCAAGAGGCCUUCCUAUUCUAGGACAUCUUCAUCUUUUGGGGAAAAAUCCUCACCAUGAUUUCCAUAAGCUGUCCAAGCAACAUGGCCCUAUCAUGCAUUUACGUUUCGGAUUUGUAUCAAACAUCAUUGUUUCAUCUCCUCAUGCGGCUGAGCAAUUCCUGAAAACAUAUGAUCUUGUUUUUGCUAGUAGGCCACCUCAUGAGGCUGCUAAAUAUAUCAGUUUUGGGCAAAGAAACCUAUCCUUUGGGCAGUAUGGUCCAUAUUGGCGCAACAUGCGUAAAUUAUGCACCUUAAAUUUGCUUAGUAACCUUAAGAUCAAUUCAUUUCAGUCUAUGAGAAUGCAAGAGCUUGAAUUGCUUUUGGAAUCACUCAAACAGGCUGCUAGUAAUUGCGACGUUGUUGAUAUUAGUGCUGAAGUUGCUGCUCUGAACGCUAACAUGAGUUGCUUGAUGGUCCUUGGGAAGAAGUAUGCUGACAAGGAAUUUGACGAGAGAGGCUUCAAAGCUGUUAUUAAAGAGGGGAUGCAAUUAUCUGCAACACCUAAUGUUGGAGAUUACUAUCCUUAUCUCGGAGUACUUGACAUUCAAGGCUUGACCAGGAGAAUGAAGGCUAUUGGCAAAGUUUUUGAUGAAUUCUUUGAGAAGAUUAUUGAUGAACAUGAGCAAUAUGCAAACCAAACUAGGCAGGUAGAUGACUUUGUCUACACCAUGUUGGCCCUCAUGAAAUCAGGAGAAACUGAAUUCCAAUUUGAUCGCCGCCACGUCAAAGCCAUUUUGUUGGACAUGCUUGCAGGAUCAAUGGACACUUCAGCUACAGUUGUUGAAUGGAUAAUGGCAGAACUCCUGAAAAACCCCCGAGUAAUGAAGAAAGUCCAGCAAGAGUUGGAUGAAAAAGUAGGCCUAAACAGGAUGGUCGAGGAAUCAGACUUGGACAACCUAAGAUACUUAGACAUGGUUGUAAAGGAAGCACUAAGGCUUCAUCCUGUGGCACCAUUACUAAUCCCUCAUGCAGCCAUUGAAGAUUGCACUGUUGAUGGUUUCCACAUACCGAAAGAUUCACGAGUAAUUAUCAAUGUUUGGGCAAUCGGGAGAGAUCCAAAUGCGUGGUCUGAUCCUGACAUGUUUAUACCAGAAAGGUUCAUUGGGAACAGUAUAGAUAUAAGAGGACAUGAUUUCCAGCUUCUUCCCUUCGGCUCAGGUAGAAGAGGUUGCCCUGGAAUUCAACUGGGGCUCACUGUAGUUCGUCUUCUAGUGGCACAAUUAGUCCAUUGUUUCACUUGGGAACUUCCGAAUGGAAUGCUGCCUUCAGAGCUGGACAUGACCGAGGAAUUUGGCCUUGUAGUGACAAGGGCGAAGCAUCUGAUGGCUGUUCCAACCUAUCGAUUGAGCAAAUAA